UAUGUGCUUUUGAGUGUCUGUAGAGUCACCUUCACCUACCCACCCGAGUGAGGCAGAGUUAGGUGGUGUGAGCGUGGUCAACUUUGGGAACUCAAACUCAACAACCAGUCAACCACCCAUCUAAAGCUUUAACUUUCAAGUUUUGGUAAGUGCGGAGACAUAACACAGAGAGAGAGAGAGAUGGAGAAGAGCGUGAGGGAGUUGGGAGUGCAGGACUUGGUGAAUGCAGGAGGUUUAACACUUGCAGAAGCCAAUGAAUUAUACCAUGUUUUGACUGAUAUUCUGUCUCAGUCUCAGUCUCCCUCACACAUAUGGCACCAAAUUGUGACUCGGAGAUUGCUCAAACCAUCCUUCCCACACUCUUUGCAUCAGCUUCUCUAUUACUCUGUUUAUCACUCUGCUUUUCAUUCUCAACAUGCUUCCCUCCCACACUAUUGGUUCCCUUCUAUAGAGCAAUCCAAACGCACCAACCUGGGCCGUCUCAUGGAAACUCAUGCCCCUAAACUUUUAGGAGCUUCCUACAAAGACCCCAUCACCAGUUUUCAUCUCUUUCACAAGUUCUCCGUUCAACACCCUCAGGUGUAUUGGUCCCUUAUUCUCAAGGAACUUUCAGUUUCCUUUGUUGAGCCUCCAAAGUGCAUUUUAGAUACUUCUUCUGACCCUUCCAAACAUGGAGGGACUUGGCUUCCCGGUUCUGUCCUCAACAUUGCUGAUUGCUGUUUGCAACCCACUCCAUACCCCCACAAAACAGAUGACACUUUAGCCGUCGUUUGGAGAGAUGAAGGUUUCGAUGAUUCCGAGGUUAAUGGUAUGACUCUCAAACAACUCCGGCACCAAGUGAUGUUGGUAGCAAAUGCAAUAGAUGCCACAUUCUCGAAAGGAGAUGCAAUUGCCAUUGACAUGCAAAUGACAGUCAAUGCUGUGAUUAUAUAUCUAGCCAUUGUUCUAGCAGGAUGUGUAGUGGUAUCAAUAGCAGAUAGCUUUGCACCAAAAGAAAUUGCAACUCGUCUGCGUGUUUCUAAAGCAAAGGGUAUUUUCACUCAGGAUUUCAUAUCAAGAGGUGGCAGGAAAUUCCCUUUGUACAGUCGAGUCAUUGAAGCAGCUGCAUGUAAAGUUAUCGUUCUGCCUGUGAUAGGUGAUGAUCUAGGUGUGCAAUUAAGAGAUUGCGAUAUAUCAUGGAAGGUUUUUCUUUCUUCUAGCAGACAGCAUCCCAGGUCAUAUCACUACUCUCCAAUCAAUCAAUCAAUUGAUACUGUCACUAACAUACUUUUCUCAUCUGGAACCACAGGGGAGCCAAAAGCAAUUCCUUGGACUCAACUUUCACCAAUACGAAGUGCAGCAGAUGCAUGGGCAUUCAUUGAUAUUCAACCUGGAGAUGUCUAUUGCUGGCCUACAAAUUUGGGAUGGGUGAUGGGCCCAACUCUUAUAUAUUCAUGCUUUCUGUCAGGUGCAACUCUUGCUUUGUAUCAUGGAUCUCCUCUAGGCCAUGGUUUUGGAAAGUUUGUUCAGGAUGCAGGUGUUACUAUUUUGGGAACAGUUCCAAGCUUAGUAAAAACUUGGAAGAGUACACAAUGCAUGGAGGGGUUGGAUUGGACAAAAAUAAAAAUAUUUUGUUCAACAGGAGAAACUUCAAAUGUUGAUGAUGACCUCUGGCUUUCUUCAAAGUCUUAUUACAAACCAAUCAUUGAAUGUUGUGGAGGCACUGAGCUUGCAUCUUCUUACAUCAUCGGAAGUCCACUGCAACCUCAAGCUUUUGGAGCAUUUAGCACAGCAUCAAUGACAACUGGUUUGGUCAUCCUUGACGAAAAUGGAGUUCCUUAUCCAGAGGAUGUUGCUUGUGUUGGUGAAGUGGGCUUGUUUCCAAUAUAUAUGGGAGCAACUGAUAGAUUGCUUAAUGCGGAUAAUGAGGAGGUUUACUUUAAGGGAAUGCCCAUAUACAAAGGAAAGGUUCUUAGGAGACAUGGAGAUAUAAUCAAAAGAACUGUUGGAGGCCAUUUUGUUGUACAAGGGCGGGCUGAUGACACAAUGAAUAUUGGUGGAAUAAAGACAAGUUCUGUAGAAAUUGAGCGUGUCUGUGAUAGGGCCGACGAAGGCAUUUUGGAGACAGCUGCAAUCAGUGUUGCUCCUGCAAAUGGAGGCCCGGAACAACUGGUUAUAUUUGCAGUUUUAAAGAAAGGAUACAAUUCCAAUGCAGAAACUCUAAAGAGGAAAUUCAGUAAAGCCAUUCAAAGCAACCUUAAUCCUUUGUUUAAGGUGAGCCUUGUUAAAAUUGUGCCCGAUUUUCCCCGAACAGCUUCCAACAAAUUACUAAGGAGAGUUUUGAGAGAUCAAAUGAAGCGUGAGCUAUCAAUUCAGAGCAGACUUUAGUAACUAUAAAUUCAGUCCAUUCCCUAUAUCUAGAAUACAUUUAUACUGGGUGAGGUCUUUGCCUCUUUGGCGUGUAAUCAAAUGGUGAACAUUUGAUAUUAGUGGGAAAUGCUUCACUUUAUGAAGUCGUAACAUUGUUUAUUAUCAUUUAUGAUUGAUUAUGACUUUUGCUAAAAAAAUAAUAAAUUUAUAAUAUGACUA